ACCCGGGGUAAAAAGAAAAGCCCUCGUGCGGGGGUGUAUGGUAUAUGCGUGUAGGAGUCGCGUGUGCGGUGCGCGCGUCGCUCUACGCUACACCCGUUCAUUGAUCAGAAUUCGGAACGGAAAGUAGAGUGCUUGAGCGGAGCGCGGACGACAUCUUCAGUGGCCGUGAGUGUCAUGUCAUGAGAUGUCCCGAGACGCGUACGUGGGGGGCAGCCGGUCCCCGCGGGGCGUGAGACUGCCCACCGUGGACCGGUCCCCCAGCCGAGUGUACCCUGGCGGCAGCCCCGUCGGCCGGAAGCCCCUGCGGCAGACCCGCUCCGGCAACAACUCCCCCGAGCACACCUACGGCUACCACCACUCGCCGUACUACCGCGACGAGGACCUGGGCAGCCCCAUGCUGGAGGAGCGCGGGCGGCCCGUAGCCGUGGGGCCCGGCCACCACCGGUCGCGGAGCGCCACGCGGCCCGCCAACCCCAUGUCGGUGCGCUACCAGUCGCUGGACCGCACCGUCGUCGACCACGACCGCGAGUUCCUGCCCAUCCGCGACCGCCGCGACCGCUCCCUCGACCGCGGACUCUACUUCGACGACGAGCCCUACAGCACCCGGUCCGCGCGGCAGUCGCCCACCUCGCACCAGCCCUUCAUCGGCGAGCUCCAGCACCAGAACUCGGACCUCCAGCGCGAGCUCGGCAACCUCAAGAAGGAACUCGAACUCACCAACCAAAAGCUCGGCUCCUCCAUGCACUCCAUCAAGACCUUCUGGAGCCCGGAGCUCAAGAAGGAGCGGGCGCUCAGGAAAGAGGAAUCCGCCAAGUACAGCCUCAUCAACGAUCAGCUCAAAUUACUCAGCAGUGAGAAUCAGAAACAAGCAAUGCUGGUUCGGCAGCUGGAAGAGGAGUUGAGGAUGCGGAUGCGUGGUCCAAGCAUAGAGAUGCAGCAGCAGAUGGAAGCGUUGUACCAAGAGAAUGAGCAUUUAACUAGAGAGAUAGCCAUCCUGCGCGAUACCAUAAAGGAGUUGGAGCUUCGGAUUGAGACACAAAAGCAGACUCUGCAAGCUCGCGAUGAGAGCAUCAAGAAGCUUCUGGAGAUGCUCCAGAACAAGGGAAUGGGUAAAGAGGAGGAGAGGCAGAUGUUCCAGCAAAUGCAGGCCAUGGCCCAAAAGCAGGAGCUUCAAGCGGCCAACGAGACGUUGCGCGUGCUGCAAUCGCAGCUGGAGCUGGUGCCCUCGCCCUCCAGCAGCACGGUCAGACUGCUCCUGGAUACGAAAAACGCUAGAAUAGCGACUUUGGAGCGCGAGGUCAACUUGCUGGAAAGCGAGGUGGAGCGGCUGGGCGGGGGCACCCAACCUCCCCUUCCGUCGAGUACCGCGGACAUUCCUCAGGCUCUUCCUAUUAAGCGACAACUGGACGAGUUCCGGGUGGAGAUCCAACGACGUGACCAGGAGAUCCUCGCCAUGGGAGCCAAAAUGAAAACACUUGAGGAACAACACCAAGACUACCAGCGCCAUAUCGCUGUCCUCAAGGAGUCGCUAUGCGCUAAAGAGGAACACUACAACAUGCUCCAAACCGAUGUCGAGGAACUCCGGCAACGACUCGAAGAAAAAAACAGACACAUCGAAAAGAAAACCCAACAGCACCAACAGGAACGCGCUCGGGCCGCCGCCGAAAUUGCUGAACUAAGAGAACACAUGGACAUCAAAGACCGCAAAAUCAACGUCCUUCAAAGAAAGGUCGAAAACCUCGAAGACCUCCUUAAAGAAAAAGACAACCAAGUCGAUAUGGCCAGAGCCAGGCUUUCGGCAAUGCAAGCCCAUCAUUGCUCUUCCGAAGGUGCAUUAUCAUCUCUCGAAGAGGCAAUCGGUGACAAGGAAAAGCAAAUGAAUCAAUUACGCGAACAGCGAGAUCGCGCCGAACAAGAAAAGCAAGAAGAGCGCGAACUCCACGAACGCGAAAUAGCCGAAUACAAAAUGAAAAUCCACGCUCUAAACAGCGAAGUAGAGAAACUCAGCGCCCGCCUCGAGCGGGCACAAACCGACCGCGACCGCCUCGAAUCCAAACUGGAAAGCUCUCAGUCGGAAUUGGGCAAAUCAAAGGCCGAACUCGACAAAGCAACGAUAGAAGUAGGUCGCAGCGGCGCCGACUGGGAGCAAGCCCGCCAGCGUUUGGCGCGUUUAGAGCUGGAAAACGAACGGCUGAGACAGGAUAACGAGAGGCUCAGACAGGAUGCGGACCGGUCGCAAAUCACAUUUGGCAGAAAUACGUUCAGCAGCUCCCACGAGCUGGACCGAGCGCAGGAACGCGUCGAUAAGACGUCCUCGGACUUGAGGAGAUGCCAGGCCGAGUUAAGAGUGACGCAAGCCGACGCUGAGAGAGCCCGAGCUGAAGCUUCAGCCCUGCAGGACAAGCUGGAAAAGUCGCAGGGGGAAGUGUACCGCCUCAAGGCGCGCCUAGAGAAUUCCCAUCAGGAACAAGACAGCCUUCGCGAGGAGCUCGAGAGAGCUCAAUCGACUACCGCCAGAUUGCACGCAGACAAGGACAAAGCGUAUGCAGAAUUGGAGAAGGCUCGAGAGGAAUUGGAGCGUGUACAGGCGACCUUGGGAAAGGCUCAAUUACAACAAGACAAAUUACAGAACGCUCUAGACAAAGCACAGACAGAGGUCGACAAGUUGCAAGAAAGGUUAGACAAGUCAGCUGGGGAGACCAGAAGAAUACAACUGGAGAAGGAAAAGCUAGGAUACGAUUUAGAGAAUAUCCAGUCGCAGUUGGACAAGGCUCUAGGCCAGUCUGCUCGCAUUCAGAAAGAAAGGGAAACCGCCCAACUAGAAGCAGAUCGUCUUAGAGAUAAGUGUGAAAAAUGUCAGAUGGCUUUAACACGUCUCCAGAAAGAGAAAGACGCCUAUCAAGAUGAUUACGAAAAACUCAAGGAAAAGGUUGAAAUGCAAUUAAAUCAAAUCAAUAAAAUUCAAAGAGAACGAUCCGACAUAGAACACGAAUUAGACGUAAUCAAAGAAAGAUGGGAGAAAGGACAUAUCCUCCAACAAAAAUUACAAAUGGAAAGAGACGAAGCAUUUACAGAAAUCGAUAUUUUGAAAGAGAAAUUAGAAAAAGCCAUAUAUGCCUCACAAAAGGCAAUAGACGAUCGAGAAAAUAUGCAUAAAGAAUUUGAAAAAGUCUUGGAGAAAUACGAUAGGUCCCAAAGUGAUCUCUACAGGAUUCAAAAUAAAUUAGAUACAGUGCAAGCUGAAAAAGACCGAUUAGAAUUAGAAGUCGAAAAACAACAAUUACUGGCAACGAAAACACGCGAGGACCAACGUAAAGUACAAGACGAAUUACAGAGAACUCAGGAAUUGUACGAUCGAGCGUCGAUUCAGUUAAGCCGAACGAAAGAAUUGGAAGAAAAGUCUAAAGAAGAGCUGCAGCGUAUGGGCAUGGAUUUGGAAAUGGUCCGCGACAGAUACGAAAAAUGUCAAAUGGAGCUUCGGAGAUUACAAAGCGAAAAAGAAAAGUUCCAAUCAGAGAACGAAAGACUUCAAUACGAGCUCGAACGCGUGCACGCACAAAGCGGCAAAGCACAAGCCGCUUACGAAAAGAGUCAGGAAGAAAUCGCAAGAUUGCAAGUCGAAGUUGAAAAAGCGCACGACAAGCAUGACAAACUGCAAAACGAAUUCCGUAAAAUUGUUGCCGAGUAUGACGCCUUACGGGAGACCAACACUGGUCCCACGAGUAGAUACUCGAAAUAUGACCGAGAUGACAGAACGAAGGAGGAAAAUGAUAGAUUACGGGCCGAGGUCGAGAGGCUGAGAGAGAGAUUAGACAAGACUCUAACUGAUUUGGACAGAUCUAGGAAAGACUUAGCUUUGGCCGAAAGCACGCGAACUAAAUACAGUUACGAGCAGGAGAAGGAACGCUCUGUCGAAUUGGAUCGACUCAGAGACGAAUUACAGAGGACUAUGGGCAAUAACCAACAGCUCGAAACUAAAUUACACGAAGUUACGAUGCAACUGGACCUGGCGAGGCAAGAAGUGGCGAAGGUGUCAGGUGGACAAGACAAACAGCGACAUGAGCUGGAGCGUGCGAUGAUCGAAUGCGAGAAACUCCGAGACAGACAUGACAAGCUCAAGAUGCAAAUUGAAAAAUAUGAGAAAGAGAAUGAGAAAUUACGGCUGGAGUUGGCUCAAGCCGAGCGGCGGCAGACGCUUGCUGCUGACAAAGUGAGGAACGACGAGCGAUUAGAAAUUGAACGUCUUAAAGAGAAACUCGAGAAAGCUAUCCAGGCUAGAGACGCCACUGAACUGGAAGCCGGCAGAUUGGCACAAGAAUUGGAAAAGUCGCAGAUGCAUCUGGCCAAGGCUUUGGAAACUAACGAAGCAACGAAGAUUGAAUUCGAACGUAUGGCGAACGAAUUAGCCCGCAUGCAUGAACGAAUCGAAAGAGACAAGCUGGAUUGGAAGACAAUGGAGCAAGAACGUGACGUGUUACGAGCCGAACUGCAACAAGUGCGAAGCGGACUUGACACUCAAAGACGCACCAUGGAUCACCGAACACAAGAAACAAUCGUCAAACUCCAACAAGAGCUGGCUCAAGCGUCCCGAGAGAAGGAAAAAAUGGCCUCGCUCCUAGAAAAACAAGGCCGACAAGGCGACUCCAUCGAGAAACAAAUAAUCAAAUACGAAGCGGACAUUAAACAAUUAACCAUGGAACGAGACCAAUUAGUAAUACAAUUAGAAAAAUCGCAAGACAUGUUAAUGAACUUCCAGCAAGAACUCAACCAGAGUGAAGCGGAACUGGAGAAGCACAAAGCAGAAGUGGCCCGACUUAAAGCCGAACAGAAGAAGAUGUCGCAAGACGUGGAGCGUGGAACCAAGGAAAUCAUCGAAAAUCGGGACCGGGAGAUCACAAAACUGCGCCAAGAACUGGCGUCGGUGCAAAAAGAACGCGAUAACCACAGACAACGUGCAGAGAAAGCUGAGAAACGAUUACAAGAGUCUGGAGCUCGUGGCGAUUCUGAAUUGGAACAGUGGCGCAAAGUUGUCGAACAGGAAACCAACAGAGCCGACCAAGCGGAGAAAACUGCCCAAGAUUUGCAAAAACGUAUUCAAGUUAUGGAAAAACAACUGCAACAGCAGUUACAACAAAUGGCCCAGUACCAGAAAGAACGAGGUAUCCAACCACCUCCCCAGGAUGAUAAGGAACUUAACAGGCUGCGCAAAGAACUGGAGAAGGCCCAAAUGGAAAUCAAAAAUAGCAGCACGGAAAAAGAACGGUUACAAUCACAACUUGAAAUGCUUGUGCAAGAAUUGGAAAGAAACCAGCUCGAACUUCACGAAACUACGAAGAAGAUGCAAAGCAUGGGUGCGCAGAGAGGCGCUGAAGACGUGUCAGCACAAAGGAGACAACUGGAGGAAGAAAGAAAACGGUUUGAGGAACACAGAAAACAAGUCGAGGAGCAAAGGAAAGCCGUGGAAAGUAAGCAGAGACAGAUAGAAGAAAAGGAAAGAGCGUUUGCCGAGGUUGACAAACAAUUAAAGAAGAGGAAAGAACAAAUGGACCAAUUAGAAAUUUCGUUACAAAAAGCCGGCGGAAGUGCAGCUGCAGCUGGAGAACUAAACAAGAAAUUGUCGGAAGCCGAAAAGAAUUUAGAAAAAGCUCAAGAAGAAGCAAAACGAUCAGCUGCAGAAAUGGAGAGACUAUUACAAUUAGUACAAAUGAGUCAAGAAGAGCAAAAUGCAAAAGAAAAGCAGAUUAUGGAUUUACAACAGGCAUUAAAGACUGCACAGGCCAAACUAAAGAGCCAGCAACAAGUGAAUGCACAAUUAGAAGAACAAAGAAAAAAGGAGGAGGUAAAUAAAGAGGGGGAUCUUGUAAUUUUCAAUUUACAAGAAAAAGAUAGCGAGUUAAGAGAAGAACUUUUAUCGAAACAAAAAUACAUUGUUGAAUUGGAGGAUACCCUGGAUUCAUACGAGCAAGCAAUGAAAGAGUACAAAAAUGAAAUUAAAAUACUCGAAACCAAGUUGGAGAACAAAGAAGUGACAAUUAACGACCUGCAGAACAGCUGUAUCAAAGCAGACGAUGCGAGAAGACUCCAGAAGGAAGUUGACCAGAAAUCGAAUAUCAUCCUACAAUUGAAGGGACAAUUGGAAGGAUUAGAACAAAGUCAACUUACUACUGACGGAGAUUUUGAAGAUUUAGCUAGAUCAUCAGAAGAAAAAGAUGUCAGAAUUAGUGAGUUGGAAGAGGCGCUUAGAGAAAGUAUGAUCAUUUCUACUAAGCGGGAAGCGGUUUUGCAUCAAGAGGAGUCGAAAAGGAAACAAAUUUUGGAAAAAGUAUCAAAAUUAGAACAAAGACUGCUGUCUUUGCAAUCUGCUCAAGCAAUGCGUUGUCAUGCUUGUCGUCCGUACGUUUCGCGGAUGACCAAACUUGAAACAAAACUUUCUCAACUUGUUGCUGAACGAAAGCAACAUCUCCAAGAACUUGCCCAAAUGAAACGGGAAGCUUUGGAAUCUGCAAUCAGUGAAAAGGAUGCACAUUUAGCCUUGCUGGAAAUGACGGGGAUUCGAAAUGCAAGACACGCUGACGAAGCCGAUCGUCUUCGAACGGACAAGCGAAGACUGGUCGACCGACUUAAGAAAGAGACUGAGUUGAGCGUUUCCUUGAACGAAACGGACGAAGAUGAGCGAUCCUUUUACAGUUUAUACGAAGAAGACGAAGCUCAAAAAGAUUCCCUCGACCCAACUUGAGCUAAAACCAAAUUUACCAAAGAUUCCAAUGAUCUCAGCAAUAAAGAAUAUUUAUAGGCAACCGUUAUCAGGUUGCCGCCAUUAUUUCAGAAGCACUGCCUGUAAACUUGUAUUAAGUACCACAUAAACAUUGUGAACGUGUUAGUUUAUUAUUGUUACCUGUUCGAGUUUAGACAUGACAAUAAUUAAUGGAAUGGGGCAGAAUUGUUUCCGGUAGUUCGGUUGUCUUACUGAAACAUUUAAAAACACUCAACAUUGGCGAAUUUUUUGUGAUCUGUUUUAUUCUGCAGUGUUGGACUUGAUUUCGAUGCUCUCUUGUAAAGCGGCUAUAAUUUUUUUAUAGAUCAUUUUUAAAUUACAAAUCGAUGCGGCCGACCCGAGUCCGGUUACUUUAAGUCCGCUGUGCGUGUAUGUGUGAAUUUUUGCCACCGUUUGCGGCCCUGAUAAGUAUUAAAUAUUUUAUACAAAACUAGUUCAGCGAAAAUUAGAAAAACCCAAAUUUGAGUAACAUUCCUGUAGCAACGUUUCGAACAUUCCGUUAGAGUUUAGGUUGAAAACGACGCUGCAAGUGGUGGCAUAGCGCCUCCUAUUUUAUAAAAAGCUGGUAUGUUAUACUUUGAGUACAAAUGAAAUAUUGUAUUUCUCCAUGCAAAUACGUAUUACACAUUUGUCAUCUAAAACGUUCGGAGUAAAUAAUUUCAAAUGCCUUGUAUAUCAAUUUGUACAUUCAUUAUCAUAUCAUAGGCCGAGCAACACUGCCAUCUCGUGCCAUUAUCAUAAUAAACAGCGUCUGAGAGCCCCUGUAAAUAGUGCGCCCAGCCAGCUUCUCCACGUUGUGUCUCUCCGUACGUAGCGGUAGAAUUUACAAGAGUAGAUAGAUGAAGACCAAGUGCGCAAACGCACAUUUUAUUAAUUAUUAUCUCUAUUUAUUAAUUCUCUUCCGUGUCGCUUUUAGAACAUCUACUGGUUGGGCGAACAUGCGGGUGUCGUUUCUACUUGUGCCCGCAUUUUAGGGACUGAUGAGCCCUGGUCCGCAACUCUCCACUCUUCCUCUGCUGUUUUGUUGCCAUCCAAUGAAUAACAUUUCAAAUUUGAACCAAACGCCUGCAAACGUCCUUACAUCAAGUCUAAGAGGGUUCCUACAGGGAGUUGCGGACCAGCGCGCCCUAAACUUUGUUAAGCGAAUUUAACUCUAAUCUAUAAUAAAAUUUCAUCCCUCAGUGUUAAAGUAUAUUAUGGCAAAUAUUAAACUAAGCACAAUAAGUAUGUAACAACGGUUAUGAUGUAUAGUUAGGGUAGUCACGACUUGAAAGAUUCAUUAUCAGAGGUUUUGAUGUAAAUAAUUUUGUUGAUUUCUUCCUAAUCGCGGUUCAAGCUUCGUUUCAUUGUAACAGGAUCAAACAACAGUUUUCGUUUGGUUUGCUUAAUCGCAUUGUGUGUCUGUUAUGAAUAAUAACGCAUCUAAUAUAUAAUUUAAUGGCAUAAUAUCAUCUCUUCCUCUUGACACCCAUCGAAACCUCACCACUUAAUGUCACCUAACAUAUCUCAUCCAAACUUAUAUCAAAUUGCUUUUUAUAUAAUGUUAAUAAAAUUUGGAACUUGGAAUAGGAUGGAUAAAAUUGUUAGCAGUUACAAUAAUAAAUGUUAAUUGUUGAGUACAGACGUUGUACGAAAUAAUUUCGUCUGCAGUUGAGGUUUUAACGAUGUAAGCAAUCUAUUAACCGGGACAGCUACCACUUCAGUCGGAACCCUUCAAGUGCCAUGUGUGCUUCCGAAAUUACCCCAUGAGGGCUCUUAUGCAUCUGUUAAUGGCUUGCUUACAUUUUAAAAUGUAUAGAAAACUAGUCUAAGUAGUUCAUGUUACUUUCUUAAGUUGGUACUGAUUUAUUUAUGUCACGCUGUUGUAAAAACAUGUUAAGAACGAUGUAUGAAAGUGUGAAAAGAAAGUGAUACAAAAACAA